UAGCUGCAACCCGGGUGGUCAGCGGCCACUCGGGCUGAGCUGCCAGGAGUGUCGCUGCAUCGAUCAGGUCCAGUUGGAGGUUCUAUCCCGUGAGUCCAUGGAGAGGCACGCUCAUGCACACUUCCAGCGAGGUCACCUGGCCCAGGAGAAGCACCAGAUGCUGGACCUGAAUCGACGCCUGGAGAGCUACCUGGGUCGGGUGAAGUCCCUGGAGGAGGAGAACGCGCAGCUCGCCCAGGAGAUCCGUGCCCUGCGGCGUGGCAAUGACGGCGCCUCGGCGAUGAAGAGGAGCAUGGAGAAAGAACUCCGUGAGGCCCGAGUGGCGCUCGACGCGGCUUGGAGGGACCGAGUAUGCACGGAGAUAGAGGUCAGCAAGCUGAGCGAGGAGUUGCAGGUUUUGGACUGGCACUGGCAGCAGGAGGCUCAGGCCCAGGUAGAAGCCAAGACCAAGGUGGAAGUGAGCAGGAAGGAGUUGGAGGAGGAGCACAGAGCUCAGAGGUGGCUCAGGGAGAAGAUCGGCCAACUGGAGAAUGAAAUGAGCCUCCUGGUUCAGACCCAUCAGCAGGACGUGGCCCACUUGGAAGCCACCCUGACCCAUUCCACGGCGUCGGUGCCGACCCACUUCGCUCAGAGGGGCAACGCGACUUCAGACCUCCACCAGUUGGAGCAGGAGCUCCACCACAGGGCCACCAGAGCCUGGCAGGAGAUGGCGGAGGCCUACCAGGCCCAGUUGGUCGAGCUGGAGGAGACUUUGAACCAGAAUCAAGCCCGCUUGAGCCAAGCGGACCGGGAAAAGAGCGAGAACCAGGCGAAGCUGCGAGCGCUAGAGAGGGACAUGGUCUCUGCUCAAGACGUCAGGCUGCAUCUGGAGAGGAGUGCAGACCAGCAGCAGGAGGAACACAUGCAGAACAUCCACACACUGCAGGAACAAUGGGAGGGCCUGGAGAGGGAGAAGGAGGAUUUAGGUCAGCAGCUUGAUCUUCUCGUUGUGGAGAACCGAGGCCUGCUGCAGGAGAAGAUGUCUCUGAGCCUGGAGGUUGCCACCUACAGAGCUUUGCUGGAUGGCGAGGGCCUUCAAAGAAACGACGGCGCUCUGCAGAAACAGCCCAGAAACAUUUAUUUUACAGACGCACCGUUGAAGACUUUCCGAGAGAAUUAUCAGCCAUCUGUUCGCCGGAACACCGCGCCCCUCUCAUCACCUCUCUGCCGACAGCCACCAACAUUUGAUACCACGACGCUCUUGAGGAGCACAACUAAAACCACCAGUGACUCUCAGAGGGAAUCAAGGGAGUCUGAUGAAGAAAAUACUACUACGGCCAAACAAGAAAGCCUGUAUCCCAAAAUACUGCAGGAAGGAGCAGUGGAAGAGUUCAGAGCACAGGAAGUGGACGAGAAAGUGACCUACGCAGAGCCUCUUUCUCCUCCAGGAGAGGACGAAGAGGAGGAGCAUCCUGAUGGAGACAUGUGUGAAGAUGAUGUUAUUGUUGUCGAGGAAAAAGCAGCUGUCAGCUUCCAGCUUCAGUCUUCACAGCCACCACUUUCUAAGGAGCUAAUUCAGAAACAAUCUCAUAGUCAGGAGAAGACAUCAGACCUUCUGGAAAUGACAGAGGACACAUUCAGUUCCUCAGCUGAAUGUGAUCAAAAACAGAGAACUGAUUUUUCGAUUGAGACGUCUCCGGAGGAAGAGUGUGUGAGCAAAGAUGUACAGGAGCAAACAGAGGCCUUAGUCCAAGCGACUCCAGAAUCCAGGACAAUCCUCUCCUUGUCCCAGAGUGAGGAAGUUGUCGAGGAAAAAGCAGCUGUCAGCUUCCAGCUUCAGUCUUCACAACCACCACUUUCUAAGGAGCUAAUUCAGAAACAAUUUCAUAGCCAGGAGAAGACAUCAGACCUUCUGGAAAUGACAGAGGACACAUUCAGUUCCUCAGCUGAAUGUGAUCAAAAACAGACAACUAAUUUUCCGAUUAAGACGUUUCCAGAGGAAGAGUGCAUGAGCAAAGAUGUACAGGAGGAUCCAGCGGCCUUAGUCCAAGUGGCGGCAGAAUCCAGGACAAUCCUCUCCUUGUCCCAGUGUGAGGAAGUAGAUAUGCCAAACAUCUCCAAGGAUCACACGGCUGAGAUCGGGCAGGAAAUAAUCUACUCCACCUUGGCGGAAGCAGUAGACACGUUGUAUCCUGAUGGAGAAGAGAUGGAUACGUGGGACAGUGUGAUGAAGAAGAUUCAUGUUGAGUCAAAUGUUCCCAAGCCGGAGGCAGAAGUAAAGACAGAAUAUGCAGAACCAGAGGAAGACAUCUCAACGAGAAGGUCUGAGCCAAGCAGAGAAGAUAUGAAGACGCAAGACGACCACACGUCCAACUAUCAUGAAGAGCAUUCUCAAAGUUCCAACAACCAAGAGGAUGAAGAUGAAGACUCGCAAAAUGUCUCUGUGUCAUGGAGGACCGAGCUGGAGAGCGACAGCUAUGCUCAGGAAAACACUCUGGCCGACACACGUCCUCUGAUUCGGUACAAGAGCGACGAGACUGACGCCAACACUCAGGCGUCGCACAUGGACGAAAGUGAGUCCAGCGACGGUGAGCAGGACCAGAAGACCGGAGACGCCGCCAACUGGACCGAGACCAAGGCCAAGAACUUUGGAACCAUGGAGGAUCUUUGUGAGGACGUAGAAGAGGAAGCAGUGGAGUGCGAGCAGGAAUGUUCUGAUGAUAAAGAUGCUGGAGUGGACCAAGUCACCUUAGAAGCUAGCGAGGUUAUUUUGGAUGAAGAUGUGAGGAGAACACCUGUGGUCCUCCAAGAUAUUCCGUACGACGAUGAAGAGCUUGACACGGACAGAUUUGUGGAGCUGGAAUUGGAAAACCUCUCCACGGAUCGAUACGCCUCUCACUUUGCUCAGCAGCUGGACAAGGAAAGCGAGACGGAGCUUCUUGAGGACCAUGAAGAUGAAACCAUGACAAUGGAACAAAAAGAUGACGAGAAAGUAAACUCCUGCAUGAAUACAGAUGUCAAAGUAGAAGACAAUCUGGAAACAAAAGACUUCACAAGGUCACUGGUGGACUCUCAAGAGGUGAAUGAGGAUGAGGACAACCAGGUUGCUUCAGAGGUUCCAGGAAGAAAGGAGAUAGAUUUUGUUAAUUUUUCCAUGGAGACUCACAUUGAUGAAACCUUUAGUGAGUUCAAUAGGAUAGGCAUCGUUGAAGAAGUAACGGAAGGAGAAAUAGAAGACAUAGUAGAAGAAGAAAUAGAAGUAGUAGGAGAAGAAACAGAAGAAGUAUUAGAAGAAAAAGAAGUAGAAAAAGAAAUAGAAAAAGUAGUAGAAGACAACCGGGUUGCUUCAGAGGCUCCGGGAAGAGAGGAAGACUUUCACUUUGUUUCCAUGGAGACUCAUGCUGAUGAAACCUUUAGUGAGUUCCUCAACAGGACUGACAUGGUUGAAGAAGUAAUGGAAGAAGAAAUAGAGGAGGUAGUAGAAGUAGUAGGAGAAGAAACAGAAGAAGUAUUAGAAGAAGAAAUAGAAAAAGUAUCAGAAGAAGUAGUGGAAGACAACCGGGUUGCCUCAGAGGCUCCGGGAAGAAAGGAGGAAGACUUUCACUCUAAUGUUUCCAUGGAAACUCAUGCUGAUGAAACCUUUAGUGAGUUCCUCAACAGGACUGACAUGGUUGAAGAAGUAAUUGAAGAAGUAGUAGAAGAAGAAAUAGAAGUAGUAGGAGAAGAAACAGAAGAAGUAUUAGAAGAAGAAAUAGAAAAAGUAUCAGAAGAAGUAGUGGAAGACAACCGGGUUGCCUCAGAGGCUCCGGGAAGAAAGGAGGAAGACUUUCACUCUAAUGUUUCCAUGGAAACUCAUGCUGAUGAAACCUUUAGUGAGUUCCUCAAUAGGACUGACAGGGUUGAAGAAGUAAUGGAAGGAGAAAAAGAAGAAGUAUUAAGACAAGAAACACAAAAAGUAGGAGAAGAAACAGAAGUGGUAUUAGAAGAAGAAGUAAUAGAAGAAGAAAUAGAAGUAGUAGGAGAAGACUCAGAAGAAGUAUCGGAAGAAGAAAUAGAAGAAAUAGUAGAACAAUUAAAAGAAUAUGCAGUGGAAUAUGUAGAGGAAGAAGAAAUGGAAGAAGUAUCGGAAGAAGAAAUAGAAGAAGUAGUAGAAAAAAUAAAAGAAUAUAAAGUGGAAGACAAAAUGGAAGAAGUAGUAGAAGAAGUACUAGUAGAAAAAGAAGUAGUAGCAAAAAAAAUAGAAGAAUUAGUAGGAGAAGAAACAGAAGGAGUAGUGGAAGAAGAAAUGGAAGUAGUACGAGAAGAAUCAGAAGAAGUAGUAAGAGAAGAAGAAAAAGAAGUAAUAGAAGAAGUAGUAAGAGAAGAAACGGAAAAAGUAGUGGAAGAAGUAGUUGUAGAAGAGGAAGUGGUAGAAGAAGAAAAAGAGAACCAAGUGGGGCCAAAGACUGUCUUGGAAAACCUAAAAGAUCUCAUCCCCAAGGCCGUAGAAGCUACUUCUUGUUUGCCUGGGGAGAACCUAGCAGAAGACACUGCAAGUUGUCUGGCAGAUGAAUGGACCGUCCUGGAGAACCUCAGCAAGGACUUUGAUAUCACAGCUUUAAGCGAUGAAGAUGAGGCAUGUGGGGAAACUGCCCAGAGUCGUCCUUGCGACAGUGCCGCCAUAUUUGAGGCGCGGCCUGUUGAAAUUUCUCCUGAUACGGCGCUCGAGGAGAACGUCAUCAUCGCCGUGAAGGACUCUGCAGAAUUUCUCAAAACAAAUGGCAGAGACAAGCAAGAUUUCUGGGCGGCGUCCUUGGGGGACAGCGCCGCUUUCCGAACAGAUGACGACGCGACAGAGAAUACCAACGUCACGUUUGGCGGCGGGCUGGCUUGGGGGAAGGCGGUCAACGGAAACUCCGCCCAUGGACGCACCCCUCAGGAGGGCGGGUCGGUCCAUUCCGAGGAGUCGGAGGCUGAGGGUGGAUGCUGGUCUUCUGGGGACGAGUAGUCUGAUUUGAUUAGCGGUCACAGCGCCCCUUUGUGCUUCUCCGUGUCAUUACAAGCAUUUAGUCUGCUCUUUAAGGGGGGAAUAUAGCAUGUUGGACGUGAAGUUAAAGCUCGCCUAUGGAAGACCAAGUUGUGCCUUGGAGCGCACCCUAGUAGCGCAAUACACCAACGUGCCAACAUCAAAGAUUUCCCUGCCUUUGACCCUCCUGUGUCCUUCCUCCCGUCCUAAUUAUCCUUCACACUUCUGGAAGGUCCCAAGUUGAGGAUUGAUCUCCAGGAAACAGUUAUUGAUAACAAUAUUGAUCUGUGGCUAAUCGGAUUUCACCUCCUGAGGGAGGAGGAGCAGCUGUUUAUUGAUCAUUCUGUUGAGUUCACGUGUGUUCUUUGUGACCAAUAAAGCUUUUUUUUUGUUUUUUUUGUUUGAUUGAUUGAACCGUUUAGUCUGCGGUCCUUAGAAAUCUGCAAUAAACUUUACGACUACUUUUCAUGUUGUCUUCUUUUAUCAUCCCUCAUUCAGCUAUGUCCAUUAACUGUUACAGUACAGGACAUUUAUUGCACUUGAGUUAAUUAAACCAUUUCCACUAA